AUGCUACUGGACCUUAGUGGUAACUUGUUCACAGGAGAGAUCCCUUCGCAGCUUGGAAACUUGGACAAGCUUACAAAUUUGAAUCUCUCUCAUAACAACCUGUUGGGUUCAAUUCCAUCUACUUUCUCUGCAAUGCUCAGUUUGACAAUCAUUGAUGUAUCUUACAAUGAGCUAGAGGGUCCUCUACCUGAUAAUCAAGCUUUCCUAAAUGCUUCGAUGGAAACUUUUAUUCACAACAAAGAUUUGUGCGCCAAUGUCACAGGUUUGCGACCUUGCAAUAUUACUUCAUCAACCAAAAUGCAAACCCCAAAAAAGAUCCACAAAGCCGUGAUUCUUAUCAUAUCACUCUUAGCAAUUUUGUUGUUUCAAAUAUUUGCAUUCCUUGGGGGAACUUUUUUAUUUUUUCGCCGAAGAAAGAGAUGUAUAGAAGAGGAGGACCCAAUUACAAACCAACAACCCAAAGAUAUGUUUACAAUAUGGAACUAUGAUGGGAUGAUAGCAUACCAAGACAUCAUUGAAGCAACUGAGCAGUUUGACCUCAAAUAUUGCAUUGGUGUGGGAGGACAUGGAAGUGUUUAUAAAGCAGAGUUGUCAUCAGGUCAACUGGUAGCUGUUAAGAAGAUCACCUCUUCUUCAGAUGGCGAGAUUUCUGAUCAACAAACUUUCAGAAAUGAAAUUCUUAUGAUGAUGGAGGUGCGACAUCGAAAUGUUGUGAAGUUUUAUGGUUAUUGCUCCCACAUUCGGCACUCUUUUUUGGUUUAUGAAUAUGUGGAGAGAGGAAGCUUGACUAAGAUCCUAAGAAUGGACGAAGAAGCGGCAGAAUUGGAUUGGAAUAAAAGGGUAAAUAUUGUUAAAGGUGUAGCCCAAGCUCUAGCUUACUUGCACCAUGACUGCUCACCUCCAAUAAUUCAUCGAGACAUAUCGAGCAAUAAUAUUUUAUUGGAUUCAAACUUUGAGCCUCAUGUCUCAGACUUCGGCAUUAGUAGAUUUCUAAAGCUUGAUACAUCCCAUUGGACAACUCUUGCAGGAACAUAUGGAUAUUUUGCACCAGAGCUUGCUUACAAAAUGAGGGUGACUGAAAAAUGUGAUGUCUAUAGUUUUGGUGUAGUAACUUUGGAAGUGAUGAUGGGAGAGCAUCCAAGAGGACUCAUCACCACUUUUCCAUCACUAUCCUCUUCAACAUUGCCAUCUGUUGAACAAAUCAUAUUAUUGAUGGAUAUAGUUGACCAGCGCAUCUCACCUCCAAUAAAUCAAGUUGCUGAGGAAUUGUCUUUAAUUAUGAAGCUAGUAUUUUCUUGUUUACAUGAAAAUCCACAAUCACGACCAACCAUGCAACAAGUGUCUCAAGAACUUGCAGUGUUUCCCAAAGGCAAAUCCACACAAUAACUUUGGGACAACCAUUGAAUCAUCUUGAGAUGUGAAUUCAAUCCAAGAGA